AAACGAUAGAGACGACGACGACGAAGCCACUUGAAUCUCGUGCAACCGAGAAUGUUGGGAGCUCCCGCCGUGACGACGCGUGUCGCCGCCGCAUUCGCCGUCUCCUUCAUCCUCCUCGCCUCCGUCGCCCACUGCUCCAACAACAAUUCCGAGGAGCUUUGCAGCCGAACCUGCGCAGCGGAGAACUGCAAUUCGGUUGGGAUUCGGUACGGGAAGUACUGCGGAGUAGGGUGGACCGGCUGCCCUGGAGAGAAGCCGUGUGAUGAUGUUGAUGCUUGCUGCAAGAUUCAUGAUGACUGUGUUGGCAAUACAGGUGUUCACGAUGUAAAAUGCCAUGAGAAGUUCAAGAAAUGCAUAAAGAAAGUACACAAAUCUGGGAAGGUUGGAUUUUCGAAGCAGUGCCCGUACGAAACAGUUGUGCCUACUAUGGUGCAGGGUAUGGACUUGGCCAUCAUGUUCAGCCAGUUUAGCAAUUCAAAGCUAGAACUAUGACCCACGAAAGCCAGAAUGAAAUUCUCUCCAAGAUCUAAAGUACAGGAUCGGAACUCAUUUAACAUGAACAGAUGAACAGAUCAUAUACACAAUUUGUUUUGUACUGCUCUAAUAGACAUAUACUUUGAUUGGUUCUUAUUCUAGGAUUUUGGUACUUAUUCUAGAGCAGUCUGGUUAUUGAGAUGUAAAGAGCAGACGUCAUGGAAAUUUUGCAAUACUAUUCCAAACUUCCAGUAAGGGUAACUACUUCUGCU